GUAUGCCCCGCCCUCAUGUCAGGAAGUGACGUGUAUGUAAGACGUGUCAGGAAGUACUCUGUGUCCAACAUGGCGGCGCAGCAGAACGAUGUUGACGAGCUGUUCGAUGUCAAAAAUGCUUUUUACAUCGGCAGUUUUCAGCAAUGUAUCAACGAAGCUCAGAAAGUGAAGAAUUCAUCGCCAGAAAAGGAGACUGAACGCGACACUUUCUUGUACAGAGCAUACAUCGCCCAGAAAAAAUAUGCAGUUGUUCUGGAUGACAUCAAGGCCAACUCUUCCCCUGAGCUUCAGGCUGUCAGGAUGUUUGCAGAGUAUCUGUCAAGUGAAAGCAAACGCGACGCUAUUGUCACGGAUCUCGACAAGAAAAUGUCAAAGAGCGUGGACGCCGGCAACACCACCUUCCUCCUCAUGGCCGCCUCCAUCUACCACCACGAGAUGAACACUGACGCUGCUCUCAGGACUCUGCACCAGGGAGAAAGUCUGGAGUGCAUGGCCAUGACCAUUCAAGUGCUGCUGAGUCUGGAUCGUGUCGAUCUGGCGAGGAAGGAGCUAAAGAAGAUGCAAGAGCAAGAUGAGGAUGCUACGCUAACCCAGCUAGCCACCGCUUGGGUUAAUUUAGCUGUGGGUGGCGAGAAGCUGCAAGACGCCUACUACAUUUUCCAGGAGAUGUCAGACAAGUACUCGUCGACACUGCUACUUCUUAACGGCCAGGCUGCCUGUUACAUGGCUCAGAACAAGUGGGAGGAGGCUGAGGGAGUGCUGCAGGAGGCUCUCGACAAGGACAGCAGCCACCCUGAGACGCUGAUCAACCUGGUAGUGCUGACUCAGCACCUCGGAAAAGCUCCCGAGGUGACCAACAGGUACCUCUCCCAGCUGAAAGACGCACACAAGUCCCACCCGUUCCUCAAAGACUAUUUUGCCAAGGAGAAUGAGUUUGACAGACUAGCGAUGCAGUACGCUCCCGCCGCCAUCACCACCGCAUAACGGGCCCCUCGCCAGAUAAACAUCCUAUCUUUUGCCUUUUGCUAUCAUGUUUUUCAUUUGUUAGAUGAAAAUGUGCAGGUGUACCCAAUCUCAGCAAAGAAUCGUCAGUUAGCGAGGUAACAUUGUUAGAGGUGCACUGCAUCACAGGUUGUUGAACUAAUAAAAUAUCUGCUAGUACCACAGAUUGGGAAUCAAAGCUCCACAUUAUAUUGAGAAGUGUUUUUAUUUAGAUACAUGGACCAAAUAUUACAAAACAGCUGUUGGUAUGAUGCAACACACUGCUACACCACCGCCAACUACAAAGGCGUUAUCAUGCUAUCAAGAUAUCUCACUCAUCUCAUAUUGAAGUUUAUCUGUGUCUUUAUUACUAAUGCUUUUUUUGGACACUGAAUCUUUGGUUAAAAAAAAGAAAAAUUGUGAGCAAAAUUUCUGUGUUUAAAAAUUCAGUUUGUUAAAAUACAAAGUAGGGACGUCCGAUAAUGGCUUUUUGCCGAUAUCCGAUAUUCCGAUAUUGUCCAACUCUUUAAUUACCGAUACCGAUAUCAACCGAUAUAUGCAGUCGUGGAAUUAACACAUUAUUAUGCCUAAUUUGGACAACCAGGUAUGGUGAAGAUAAGGUACUUUUUAAAAAAAUUUGUGAAAUAAGAUAAAUAAAUUAAAAACAUUUUCUUGAAUAAAAAAAAGUACAACAAUAUAAAAACAGUUACAUAGAAACUAGUAAUGAAUGAAAAUGAGUCAAAUGAAGUGUUAAAGGUUAGUACUAUUAGUGGAGCAGCAGCACGCACAAUCAUGUGUGCUUACGGACUGUAUCCCUUGCAGACUGUAUUGAUAUAUAUUGAUACAUAAUGUAGGAAGCAGAAUAUUAAUAACAGAAAGAAACAACCCUUUUGUGUGAAUGAGUGUAAAUGGGGGAGGGAGGUUUUUUGGCUUGGUGCACUAAUUGUAAGUGUAUCUUGUGUUUUUUAUGUUGAUUUAAUUUAAAAAAAAAAAAACCAA